GCUCAAUCGUAUUGACGUUGACUGCUCUGACACCUCUAUAGCGUUUGACAUUAAUUUUCGUGAAAAAAGGGGUGUUUCCGACAACCUGAUUCAUUUCUGUAAAAAAUCUCGUUUCUACAUUUUACGCAGAACUUUGAAGAAAUCUAACAAAACAUGGACGCGUUCGGAGAUAAUUUUACAAGCGAACAGGAAGUUGAUCCUGUAGCAGAAUUCGUGGCCAGGGAGCAAGAUCAAUUGGCAGGUUUGGAAGAUGAAAUUCCUCCUGUCGCUAUGUCCGUGGCUGCCACUGCUCCAGCUGUUGAAGAUGAUAUAUCUAAUGCAUUUGGCAACAUGAAAACGACUGGUGGCGAUUCUGAGGGAAGUUUUGAAAUGAUCAACACCAUCGGUCAACCAACAGAGUCGUCGACAACUGCAACUGAAAGCACUCCAGCGGUAACACAAGUGAGAGAAGAGCCUGAAAAAAUUCGUAAAUGGAGAGAGGAGCAAAUGACAAGACUCGAACAAAAAGAUGCAGAAGAAGAGAAAAAGAAAGAGGAAUGGAGAGAAGCAGCAAAGAAGGAAUUGGAAGAAUGGUACAAGCAUCACGCUGAGACGACCAGCAAAACAAAAGCAACAAACAGGGAAUCAGCCAAGAACGCGGAGAAGCAAUUCGUAGCAGAAGCGGACGAAGUUGAACCGGGCACCGAAUGGGAACGGAUCGCUAAGCUUUGCGACUUCAAUCCAAAGUCAUCACGAACAUCCAAAGACGUAUCACGGAUGCGUUCGAUUAUCCUUCAACUGAAGCAAACUCCACCGGCUCCAGUCAACGCUUGAACGUCUUAUCGAUGAAUAUAUAAAUAUGAAUAUAUUAUCACGGAAACAACAUUGUUAAUAUUGUAUGUUACUGGUGCCCGAGCGCAGUGGAUAAACAUAAAAAAUUAUCGUUAAUAGGAGUUUGAAUGAGAACGAGAAAAAAAAAACGAAACAAAACAACACAAAAAUCAUAUUAAAAAUGCUGCAACCGAUGUAAUUUUUCUUCAUUCCAAUCUGUAAUGUUAUUGUGAAUAAAGUUUAAUGUGACCUUAGACGAA